AUGUCGUCCUUCGGAGCAAAAAGGGUUGUCAGAACCUAUUCGCGACACACGAAGCGCCAACUCUACGAUGAAGAACCGCCUACCAAACGAAGACGCGUCGAGACGACAAUCGAAAGUACCGAAACGACGACCUUGACCCCGUUGGAUAAUGCUCCUACGAUUGUCAUUUCAUCUCUCGAAUGCGAGCGUGAAAGCUCCACCGCCCCUCCAUCCAGCCCCAAAGACUCGCCCGCAGUCUUCUCAGACGAACCGCCUCGGUCUAGUCCACCAUCGUCGCCCGCACCGCGCAGCUCCCCUCCACCCAUUCAAAAACGGCGACCAGUCUUUUCGAUAUUCAAGAAGCAACUCAAGCCGAGCACGCCCGCCAAAGAACCCCUUACAGAACGGAGUCACAAUGCGCAAAGUCCACCGAAGCCAGCACCAAAAAAGAAGCAGAUGGUACAGAUGCAGUUAGACCUGGCUUCAGAGACGCGCAAAACAUGCAAGACAUGUGGAAUGCAGUACAUACCGUCGAAUGCUGAGGACGCAGCGCUACACAAGAAAUUUCAUGCGAUGAACCUUGGGGGUGUCGACUUCACCAAGCCAGUCGUGGAGCGCUUUAGGAAGAACCAGAUAUGGAGUGGUGAUGGGAGCUUCAUCGCCGUGGUUGGACGCAAGGAUGCACAGGCGCUGCGCAACCGGGCGAGUGAUGUGUUGAAGGUUGUGAAUACAGAGCUUGCUGCUGUUCCCAUAUCAGACGAGGAGCUUUGGGGACAGACGAGUCGGACAGUCCAGGCAGACGAAACAGAACGGACUACGCCGGUACCGAAACCACGGCCCUCGGCGAAGAACCCAGCCAACGUGGCACUCGUCGAUCGAUUCAAGAUAUAUUUAUACAUUCGAGGGAACAAGUGUGUAGGAGCAUGUUUGGCAGAGCGAAUCUGGGAAGCCUAUAAGGUGUUGGACCCCACCAGUUCGCCCGACCAGGAGCACGGAGAUGCUGUCGCGCCCCAUAGCUCUUCUAUUUCUAUCAGCACCGAUUCAGAUCCGGUGGCCUUGGGCAUAUCGCGUAUAUGGACGUCAAAUCAACAUAGAAAGAAAGGCGUUGCGACUAGGCUGUUGGAUAUUGCACGAUCCGACUUCAUCUAUGGGCUGCACAUUGAGAAAGCUCGAGUUGCUUUCAGCCAACCGACAGAGAGUGGAGGGAACUUGGCGCGCAAGUGGUUUGACUGCCAGGCAGGGUGGCAUGUGUAUGUCGAUUAG